GGCAGCGGGAUGCGCGGAGCCGCGAGCCCCCGGCCCCCCCAUUGGUUCCACCCUGUCACUCUCACCCCGUUAUUGUCUUCGGUAGUUUGAUUGCCUUUUAACCAGCUUUAUCGUGACCCCACCGGCCUCGUCUCAGCCUCCUCUUUGGAGCGGAACCUUCUGUCUCCUCGGUUUCUCUUUUCUGCCCAGCAGGUGGGACAUUGCGGGACAGACGGAAGACUUUGCAGCGCCCUGUCCUUGUAUCCCCAAACUACGUCUCGGCCUUGAGCCGACUGGGAGAGUGGAAGGAUCGGGGCCUUCCGGGCUCCGGGUGCGGCAGGAAUGUCGCUGUCGCCGGUCUCCGGGCGCCUUCGGGCGUCUGGAGAAGCGAGUAGGUUGGCGAGGAUGGCGAGAUGAGUUUUCCAUUCACCUGUUAUCUAUUUGGCACUGUCAUCGAGGACCGUUAUCCUUUGCUAAGUCUCAGCAAAACAUUCGCUAUUUGGGAGUUUAAAGUAUGUCAUCAUGGCAAAGUUUCGGAGAAGGACUUGCAUCAUUUUGUCACUUUUUAUUCUUUUUAUUUUUUCUAUGAUGAUGGGUUUAAAAAUGCUGCGACCAAAUACAGCUACUUUUGCAGCUCCUUUUGGACUUGACCUUCUUCCAGAACUUCAUCAACGAACUAUUCAUUUGGGGAAAAAAUUUGAUUUCCAAAAGAAUGACAGAAUCAACAGUGAAACAAACACCAAGAAUCUAAAAAGCGUUGAAAUCACUAUGAAACCUUCAAAAGCCUCUGAACUUAACCUGGAAGAACUUCCACCUCUGAAUUAUUAUUUACAUGUAUUUUAUUAUAGUUGGUAUGGAAAUCCACAAUUUGAUGGUAAAUACAUACAUUGGAAUCAUCCAAUCUUGGAGCACUGGGACUCUAGAAUAGCCAAGAAUUAUCCACAAGGGAGACACAACCCUCCAGAUGACAUUGGCUCCAGCUUUUAUCCUGAGUUAGGAAGUUACAGCUCUCGGGAUCCUUCCGUCAUAGAAACUCACAUGAGACAAAUGCGCUCAGCUUCAAUUGGUGUACUAGCCCUAUCUUGGUACCCACCUGAUUCAAAUGAUGAGAAUGGAGAACCUAGUGAUGACUUGGUACCGACUAUUUUGGAUAAGGCUCAUAAAUAUAAUCUGAAGGUCACUUUUCACAUAGAGCCAUAUAGCAAUCGAGAUGAUCAAAACAUGUACAAAAAUGUCAAGUAUAUUAUAGACAAAUAUGGAAAUCAUCCUGCCUUUUACAGGUACAAGACAAGCACUGGCAAUGCUCUUCCUUUGUUUUAUGUCUAUGAUUCCUAUAUUACAAAGCCUGAAAAAUGGGCCAAUCUGUUAACCACCUCAGGGUCUCAGAGUGUUCGCAAUUCUCCUUAUGAUGGAUUGUUUAUUGCACUUCUAGUAGAAGAAAAGCAUAAACAUGAUAUUCUUCAAAGUGGUUUUGAUGGAAUUUACACAUAUUUUGCUACAAAUGGCUUUACUUAUGGCUCAUCACAUCAGAAUUGGGCUAGUCUAAAAUUCUUUUGUGAUAAACACAACCUAAUAUUUAUCCCAAGUGUGGGCCCAGGAUACAUAGAUACUAGCAUCCGUCCAUGGAACACUCAAAACACUCGGAACCGAAUCAAUGGGAAGUAUUAUGAAACUGCUCUGAAUGCUGCACUUCAGACCCACCCUAAUUUAAUUUCUAUCACCUCUUUUAAUGAGUGGCAUGAAGGAACUCAGAUAGAAAAAGCUGUUCCCAAAAGAACCAGUAAUACAGUAUACUUGGAUUAUCGGCCUCAUAAACCAGGUGUUUAUCUAGAGUUAACUCGCAAGUGGUCUGAAAAAUACAGUAAGGAAAGAGUAACUUAUGCAUUUGAUCACCAGCUGCCUGUUUCUUAAUGUACUUUAAACUUAAAGUUUAAAAAUUAUUGAAAUACCUAAUUUUAAUAAAUGUCUUUUCUUUUGAGUUAUGGAAAGAAAACUGUCAAAAUCAGAAUGUACUGUUACUGUUAUCUUUAAUAAAAAUAAUUUGUACUGCUUUAAACGUAAUGUUACCAUUGCCAUCCUUCACAAUACUGUACUGAGAAAAUAUCUGAGGGAAAAAUUGUGAAAAUAACAUUCCUUGAGCAUAAUUUGCUGCAUGCAUUUCUGAC